AUGUCAAUCAUCAUUCGUCUUCAAAAUUUACCAUGGGAUGCAACUGCACUAAAUGUGCGGCAAUUCUUUUAUGGACUCUCCAUUCCGGAUGGUGGGGUCCACAUUAUUGGUGGAGAAAAAGGAGAUGUGUUUAUAGCUUUUAGUACAGACGAAGAUGCUCGUCAGGCUAUGAAGAACGACAACGGGUUUAUUGGUGGCACUCAGAUUAAACUUUUCCUUAGUAGUAAAGCUGAAAUGCAA